CGCCGCGGGGCGGGAGGCGGCCAUGUCGCUAUUGUCUGCGCUGGUGCCCUUGCUCCGGGUGUACUGCAUCGGCCUCCGCGUCAUCCUGCACCAGCUGCGCCGCCGCUUCCAGCCGCGGUGCGCCCCGGCCUCAGUUUUCCCUACACAAAAUGGAAAGGUUGCUAUAGUGACUGGAGGCACUAAAGGAAUUGGUUACCAAACUGUGAAGCAUUUGGCAAGACUUGGCAUGCAUGUGAUAAUAGCUGGAAACAGUGAAAGUGAUGGCCAAGAAGCGGUGAGGAAAAUAAAAGAAGAAACUUUGACUGGAAAAGUGGAGUUUUUAUACUGUGAUUUGGCUUCCAUGAAGUCUAUACGGCGAUUUGUGCAGCAGUUUAGAGCAAAGAAUUGUCCACUCCAUGUCCUGGUGAAUAAUGCUGGGGUGAUGCUGGUCCCUGAAAGGAAGACGGAGGAUGGGUUUGAGGAGCACUUCGGCUUGAACUACUUGGGACACUUCCUGUUGACUAACCUCCUCUUGGAUACGCUGAAGCAAUCAGGAACGCACAGUCACAGCGCUAGGAUCAUCACUGUCUCAUCAGCCACCCAUUAUGUAGGCAAAUUGCACCUAAGCGACUUACAAAGCAGAUGUUCGUAUUCACCCCAUGGAGCCUAUGCCCAAAGCAAACUUGCCCUCGUGUUAUUUACCUAUCGACUACAGCAUCUUCUGACUGCAAAUGGAAGCCAUGUGACUGCUAAUGUAGUAGACCCCGGAGUAGUGAAUACUGAGCUCUACCAGCAUGUCUUUUGGGUUGUGAAAGUGGUCAAAUGGAUGACAGCCUGGCUAUUUUUCAAGGGCAUUGUAAAUGUUCUGCUGUAUCAGGACAAGAGUGCAAUAAGAAGGACAUAUUUGUCACUGAGCCCAGAGGAAGGAGCCUCUACAACCAUCUAUGCAGCAGUAUCACCCGAGAUGGAAGGAGCUGGUGGCUGCUACCUCUACAACGAGGAAAGGACAAAAUCGGCUGACGUGGCAUAUGACGAGGAGCUGCAGAGAAGGCUCUGGACAGAAAGCUGCAAGAUGGUUGGGAUUUCUGAUGAAGCCGGCAGGCUUCAGUAGAAGAAGCCACUUUCUGCUGGGUAAAUGAAAUGCAUUGAAAAGCAUCUCUAGGUGAAUUCUUGCAGCAUCAGUCAUCAUCCUGGAAAUCACUCUUCAGUCCCAAAGGCAAACGUGAACAGCUCUGUUCUUCACUGAAUCCCUAAUCUGAUAGGGUGUGGGGGGAAUAUUCCCACAGAAAGGUGUAGUGGUUGGUCUUAAAUCUAACCAUCAGUUUUGUAAGUCAUUCUGUUUCAGUCCGUGAUUAAAAUACAAUCUUUAAACAUG